GCACUCAGUGGGAAGCGUAAACGAGAGAAUGGCAAGAGUGAGAUUAUCAAGGACGAAAAAAAGAAGUAGUGUAAGUGAGACGGAGUAAGCUUACAAUCCUGUUUGGCAUACGCUGAAAGCAGUGUUUGUGUUCUUCAUGAGAACUCUACCAGACAAAACAUUCUCCUCUUAUAGGAACCAAUGACGUCCUCGCAGUAUGUGAGCAAAGAGUAGGUGUGGUAACGAGUGAACAGACUCGCAUGCGAGUAUUCCUCUAUUCGUGGUUACUGUACAAGCACGACUAUCGCGUGCUCACACAUCAGAACGGUUGUUGGUUUAUUCUGGCAGUCGACCGUCAUGCUGAGAAUAGUGAGGAUCAUUAUCGAACAAAGUUAAAUUGACGUUGAUCCGUGACUUAUCGAGUACUAUCGUUAAUCAAUGAGUAAUCAACAGCUUCUUCUGGCUAGUUGAACGGCGAAGAUCAGUGCUAAAGUAUUGCGAAACGAGAAUUAUUGAGUGUGCAAGUGUAAAAAUUGCAAUUGAUAAAAAAAAAAAGCAAGACAAAGCCAGAGGGUAAAGCUGGAUGCGCAUCUGCAGUGUGCAGUCAAAUUCAGGUACCAGGUUCUAUUGUGGUACCUAAGGUUGCUCGACUGAUCCCGUGGAGAAUGGGUUGCUGUGGUUGUGGAGAUGAUGCUUCAACAAAGGUAGAUCCUCGGACUGCUGAACAACAUGACUCACCAUUCAAUGAAACUGAAGUUUUUGCCAGAAAAAGAUCAUGUACAGAUCUUCCUGCACUACUAAUUCUCAUUCUUUUGCUCGGUGGAUAUAGUUUUUUUGUAAACAAUGCUGUAAAAAAGGGUGAUCCGUAUCGAAUAAUAAAUGGAUAUGAUAACUGUGCUAAUGUAUGUGGCCGUAAAACGCUUAAAGAAACUAAUCCAGAAUUCAGUUGUAAAGGAGCUGAUAUGACAUCUCGUCCAUAUUUGAAUGGUAAACUUGAAGCUGAUGGAACCUUUAGUCGAACAUGUGUUACAAAAUGUGAAAAUACAACAAAUGAAAUACAUUUUUUGAACCGAUGUCUACCAAAAAAAUUGACAGACAGUACAAGUUCCAUAUUGAGUCGCCUUGGCUUACAAAAUUUCUUCAACGAGGCUGCAAGUGACUUAAAUAUUGCGUGGAGGGAACUUAUUUACUUACUAUUAAUUGCUUUUGCCAUUUCAAUCUUUAUUCUGGUUGCUUUUCGAUACAUUGUACAAUAUGUCAUUUACAUUGUACUCUGUGGUGCAGUUGUCGUUUCCAUUGGAGGAACAAUUUGUCUCUGGUUGUUGUGGUAUGAAGAAAAGAAUAGAUCCAUACCUCAUGCAGAAGAUGCACACACAACAUCUUAUUUUAUUUACUCAAUUCUCAUGACGAUCGUUGCUGUUAUGACACUUCUGAUUGUUUUGGUUAUGAGAAAAAGAAUUGCAUUGGUCGCUCAACUUUUCCGAGAGGCUGGUAAAGCUGUCUAUUCUAUGCCCGCUUUAUUACUCCAACCUAUAUAUACAUACAUUUUUAUUGGCCUCUCCUUUGUUGGUUGGGUUUACUGCAUCUUGUGGAUCGAAAGUGCUGGUGACCUUUAUAAGAAACAAAAAAAUGGUCAUUUGCAUUACAGUAAAGAUGCAAUUCUUCAUGUUGCAAGAUGGUAUAAUAUGUUUAUAUUCUUUGUCAUGGUAGAAUUCUGCCUUGGAUGUCAACACAUGGUAGUAGCAGGAGCUGUCGCUCGUUGGUUCUUCACAAGAGAUAAAAAGCAACUUUCUUUACCAGUUACACGCAGCACGUAUUCAGUAAUACGUUAUCAUAUAGGAACAAUCGCAUUUGGUGCGAUGAUUAUAGGUGUAGUGCGAUUACUUCGUUCUAUGAUCGCAUUUGUUCAAAAUCGACUGAAGCAUUAUGAUAAUUCUUGUGUGAAAGGUCUACUUUGGUGCUGUCAAUGUUGCAUGUGGUGUUUUGAGUCGAUUUUAAAAUUUUUAACGAGAAAUGCAUAUAUAGAAACUGCUAUAUAUGGAUGUAGUUUUUGUACUGGGGGGAAAAAAGCUUUUCGGGCAUUAUCAGAUAAUAUUUUAAGAGUGGCAGCUAUCAACAGUGUUGGAGAUUUUGUUUUAUUCCUUGGUAAAGUGCUGGUAGUUGCCCUUACCGUUGUUGCUGGAGUUUAUUUAAUACAGAAGAAGGAAGGAUUACACUAUCCUUGGAUACCUAUAACAUUAGGUGGUUUAUUUGCAUUAAUUAUUUCACACUGUUUUAUUUCGAUUUAUGAGAUGAUAAUUGAUACAAUCUUCAUUUGCUUCUGUGAAGACUGUGUGAGAAAUGAUGGUAUAAGUCGACCAUAUUACAUGAGCAAAGGACUGAUGGAAUUCGUAGAAAACAGUAAAAAAGCCCUGAAGCAAUUGGACGCUCAACCAUCAAAUGCACGAUGAAUGCGACUCAUUGAUUUUCAAUCCAAAUCACAUAGAAACCAAGACUGAAGUGACUUUUGAAAUUUGUACUUCGAGUGAAUCAAAUGCAUGUUUUUGUAUUCAUAUUUCCUUUCUGUUUAAUGAAGUAUUAUCUAUUGCCAUGGUCUUCUCAAUAAUAAUAUUAAAAGAGAUAUUUUUACACAUACACAUGUACUUUAUUAAGGAUUAGAGUUUAUGGUAAAAAAAAUAAAUAAAGAGGAAAUUUGUUAUAAUAAAUAAAUGUUAUUAUUCUAGAUAAACGUUGGCUCGGUACAUACAUGUAGGUUUUUUCAUACAUCCGACAUUAUUAGAUACAUAUAAACAUCCUUGGACCGUGCAAGGAAUACGGGAUUAUGGAUUUAAAAUAUAUAAAAAAGAGUGAAAAUGAUGAUAUUAAUAAUUCGUGAUUAAAAAGCAAGAAAAACAUGAAAUAUUUAAUUUAGAACUUUGUAUCUAUUAUUGCAUGAACAUUGAACAUAUUUUUUAUAAAUCGAAAAAGUUAUUUACAAAGUGAUUAACUUAAAAUAAUUGACUCGAUUACACCCGCAAUAACAAUACAUAUUGACCAAAAUUUGUAAGAUAAAGUGAUAUCUAUUGAGGUGAUAUUUCAUUUUUUGUAAUUAAUCGAGAAAUCUUUAAUAGGCAGUUAAUUUAUAAACAGACAAAAUUAUUAACACACAUGCACACUUUGCAGUGUAUGAAUUAUGAAAUUUGCGGAAUUGAUGUAAAAUUUAUAAUAAAAAAGAUAUUGAUAAAUUUUUUACUAAUGCGAU